AUGGCUUCCAAGAUGAUGCAAUGGUCUGUUGAUACUCCCAACCAGGACUUCGGGGGCAUGAGCUACGCCGAAGCUCCCGUCCCCUCUGUCGGCGAGAACGAAGUUUUGGGAACAUUCCCAUUCGCUCAUAAGUAUCCGAUCGUCCCCGCCUCGGAUGGUGCCGGCGUUGUUGUUGAAGUCGGAUCCCGCGUCCGGGAAUUUAAGAAGGGCGAUGCUAUCCUAACGAUCUUCAACCAAGCCCAUCAGUUUGGUGACAUUGACCCCUAUGCUGCAUCGAGCGGUGUUGGUGGAACCAUCGAUGGCACACUGCGGCAGUAUGGUAUUUACCCUGAGCUUGGUCUCGUCAAGGCGCCCAAGAACUUGGAUGCGGUGGAAGCUUCUACUCUUCCCUGCGCAGCGCUUACCAGCUGGAAUGCUCUCUACGGCCUCAAGUCUCUGAAACCUGGUCAGAUUGUUUUGGUGCAAGGAACCGGUGGUGUCAGUAUCUUUGGGUUACAAUUCGCCAAAGCUGCUGGUGCGACUGUGAUUGCCACAACUUCCUCUGCAGGGAAGGCAGAGAGACUAAAGCAGAUGGGUGCCGACCAUGUCAUCAACUAUAAGACCACUCCCAACUGGGGCGAGGCUGCUCGCCAGCUUACCCCUAAUCAGGCUGGUGUCGACUAUAUCAUUGAGGUUGGCGGGCAGGGCACCCUUGAGCAGAGUCUGAAAUGCAUCAAGAUGGAUGGCAUUAUCAGCGUUAUUGGCUUUUUGGGAUCUAGCGACAAACCCCAGCCCGGACUACUCGAGGCCUUGAGCAAUAUCUGUACCGUCCGUGGUGUUUAUGUCGGUAGCCGUGCUAUGUUCCAGCAAAUGGUUCAAGCUAUUGAGGCUACUGAUCUUCAUCCCGUGGUCGAUUCUCAUGUUUUCAGCCUGGAGCAAACCAAGCAGGCUUAUGAGCACAUGGCUGCCCAGAAGCACUUUGGUAAAGUUGUUGUCAAGAUUGAGUAG